GAGCGGGCAGCGGGGGCCCUGACACUCGCCACCGCGGAAGGCCUCAAUCUGUGGGGUCCUAAAACGGCACCCCGCGCAUCCCAAUCCUGCCUUGCUGCGCGCCCUGCCCCAGGCCCAGCCCCGUGCGCUUGCGAGGGGACCCGGUGCCUGAGCGGAGCCUGCGCAGCCGCAUCCGGACGCUGGGGGGCGCGGGGGUCCCUAGAAGCCAGCCGGUCGGCGGAGGCCUCCCCGCCCCUGCGCGCCACGCCCAGGCUCCUCCUCUUCCCCUCCAUGGCCGUCCCGCCCUCCCCUACAAACCCAAACACUCCAGGCUUCUGCUGCGCGUGAUCCUCCUGCCAUCGCCGUCGCCGCCGCGUCCUCCCGCUCCGGCGUGAUCACCCCGAGCUCGCGCCGCCCCCGGCCAAGACAUGCUGCUGCUGGCCGCCGCCUGCCUAGUGGCCUUCGUGUUGCUGCUCUACAUGGUGUCCCCGCUCAUCAGCCCCAAGCCCCUCGCGCUGCCUGGGGCGCACGUCGUGGUUACAGGAGGUUCCAGUGGCAUUGGAAAGUGCAUCGCUAUCGAGUGCUACAAACAAGGAGCGUUUAUUACUCUGGUUGCACGAAAUGAGGACAAGCUGCUGCAGGCGAAGAAAGAAAUUGAAAAGCACUCUAUUAAUGACAAGCAGGUGGUACUUUGCAUAUCAGUUGAUGUAUCUCAAGACUAUAACCAAGUAGAGAAUGUCAUAAAACAAGCACAAGAGAAGCUGGGUCCCGUGGACAUGCUUGUGAACUGUGCAGGAAUGUCGCUGUCAGGAAAAUUUGAAGAACUUGAAGUUAGUGCUUUUGAAAGAUUAAUGAGCAUCAAUUACCUGGGCAGUGUGUACCCCAGCCGGGCAGUGAUCACCACCAUGAAGGAGCGUCGGGUGGGCAGGAUCGUCUUUGUGUCCUCCCAGGCAGGACAGUUGGGGCUGUUUGGUUUCACAGCCUACUCUUCAUCCAAAUUUGCCAUAAGGGGAUUGGCAGAAGCACUGCAGAUGGAGGUGAAGCCUUAUAAUGUCUACGUCACUGUGGCCUACCCACCAGACACGGACACCCCUGGGUUGGCUGAAGAAAACAAAACAAAGCCUCUGGAGACUCGGCUUAUUUCAGAGACCACAGCUGUUUGCAAACCAGAACAGGUGGCCAAACAAAUCGUUAAAGAUGCCAUACAAGGAAAUUUUAAUAGCUCCAUUGGCUCAGAUGGGUACAUGCUGUCCUCCCUGACCUGUGGGAUGGCCCCAGUAACUUCUAUCACCGAAGGACUCCAGCAGGUGGUCACCAUGGGCCUUUUCCGCACAAUUGCUUUGUUUUACCUUGGAAGUUUUGAUAACAUAGUUCGUCGCUGCAUGGUGCAGAGAGCAAAAUCUGAAAUUGUAGACAAAACCGCCUAAUUCUUACCCCUCAGACAAAAGACUGUUCCCAAAUAAUUUGAACAGCUCGCUGCUAUACAGGACCCAGUUUUUGGCUUGCAGACUCUUAUGUCCUGUUUUUGAAUAUAAGAGAUUGGACCAGUUCUCUUCAAGAAACCUGGCUGCAAGCAAAGGAAUAGAAUUUCAACUCCAGACAAUAUUAUUAACACUAUGCAAAUAUGGAAUUGGAGACCAUCCGAUUUUCUGGGCUCUGAGGUGGAGCAGUGGUGGUGUGAGAACUAAUAGCAGGUGAACAGGGUAAAGAAGAGUUCCAUUUCUCACCUCCUCCCCCCAUAGAGAUCAAGACCAGAAAUAUACUUUGUGGCACAUGAGAAGUUUUGAGGAUUGUUUUUGUUUUUAGUUUUUAACUUUCCCUGAAAGGCAAUUUCUGGGGUUUUGUUUUAUUUGGUUUGGGAGGCAUAUUUUAUGCAAGGUGCAUUUUCCACACUGCCAGUAAGUCUGAGUGUCACCAGCACCUCUGCGCUGUGCUUGGAACUCUCCACUGUUAGUGGGAAUUGGCUUCUCUCUCUUUGAUCCCAAUCCCAUAAGGCUACAAGGGGGAUGAGAGAGUAGUGCACUGGAAGGCGGGGAGAUGAAUCUGCAGUCAGCAAACAGUGCUUUCUUAGUCAACUCUAGGAAUUUUUCUUUUUUCAUUCACGGGAAAAGGCAGCCUCUCUACAUGUUUUCUGAAGAGAAAUAAAAUCAUAGAAGCUUAAAAGUUUACAGUUUCUUCAAUAGCCAUGAUGACAUGAAGUUCACAAUUCCAUUUCCCUUCUAGUGUCUGUGUGUCCUUCCCAUCUCUCCUUUUCCAGUUUUGCUUAUAUUGCUGUAAUAUUUUUGUAAAAAACAAAGACCAGCUGAGAUUUUUCUGACUUGACUUUUUUAAUUAAUUCAUGAAUUCAUGAAAACAAAAAAAUUUUGAAAGGCGACAUUCUUAUCCUCACCGCAUACAUGUAGCUUUUAGGAAAGGUGGGGGCUGCAUACUUUUGUUGUAUUCUUAAAGUAUGGUUGAUGUGAAGCUACUCAUUUUUGAAAUGAGGUGGUCAGCUACUCUCUUGUCUCUCCCACUGAGCCUCAGAGCAGUGUCUGUAUGCUGUGUGCUAAGGAAUCUGCUCGUCCUCCAACUGUGCAGUCCCAGAAGUCCGCUUUGCCUUGGCAUGCGUUCUAGCUUGCAGGUCUGUGGUUCACUCAGUGGAUAUCUAUAUCAAGUGCCUAUGAUGAGUCUCAGCCUGCAUCCCCUGCCUCUGUCUGUUCACUGUACAUGCUCCUCUGGCCUAAGGACAGUUACCUUUGUUUUGAUGUUCUGUCCUGUCCUCCUUGUGUACACAGUAGUGCAUUUCAAUUCAUUCCACUGGGAAAUACCUCUAUUCUUAAAGAAAACCUUCUUAAUGAUUAAGAAAUUUAAAAAUAAAAGCAAUUGAAGACGUUGAAAUUAUAUUGCCAUGGCAAACCUUUUUUUUUUUUUUUUUUUUUCCCCCUGAGGGAGGGUCUUGCUAUGUAGCCUGGGCUGGCCUCAAACCCAUAACCCUGCAUGCUGGGAUUACAGCCAUGUACCACCAUAUCCAGCAAGCCAGGCUUUUGAAGCUCUUGACUUUAAAGUGGCUUAGUUUUUAGUUAAUAAGAUACUUAAUGGCUCCAUUUUUAUCGGGAUCUGAGAAGACCAUAUUUUAAACAUUGAUACAUAAGACAUUAUUCUUUAUUAUAUAAAUUGCUUGAAAUAACUUCAUUAGUGUUUACAGGAGUAGGUUGAUAAUGCCAAAAUGGUUCCAUGACUCUUCCAGUCAGGUCUAGCCAAAGCUUACAAGUUAUGUCACACUGUAGAGCUGCUGAAAUGGAAUAGUGGAGGGCAUGAUCCUGAUUUAUGGGAAAGGAUUGCAUUUAUAUCUGGACACUGUUUCAAUUUUAUUUCCUUAAAAAUGUUCCUUGAGAGUUGGUACUUUCUGCUGCUGGUCUGUAUUCAAAUCUAGUCCAAGAUGGUAUCUGACUCAAUACAGUUAGCUAUUUAACAAUUCAGUAUAUCAUUUUCCAAAUUACCUUCAGUGAGAGGGCUGUUAUGCAGGCAAUGAACUUCCUGAAUAAAUUGAAAAGCCCUUGUUUUGUGGUGGGAGAUACUGAUCCUAACCCAGUUUAAACUCAGGUUUACAGAGGCCACAUUGUCACUGAACUCACUGAACAUGCUGUUUUUGUCCAUGAUGUUGAAGGUCCCCACUCCCUUAUUCAGAAGUUUGGAAUGAAAUUUGUUUUCCUAAAGUUAAUGUGAUAUCAGCGAAACGAACUGAUCUGAGAGUAUUUGGGUUUUUAUGCCUCAUCAACAUCACGUGCCUGUUUGUUAAUGUCACUAGACUCCAUACAGGUGUCUGUGAUAUCUAGCCUGUGUCUCACAUUACCUUUGAAAAAUCCAGCAGCUGAUGAACUCUGAAACACAUACUUUGGAUGCCACAUUUAAGCAGCAUCCUACAAAGCUCUGAUUUCAUUCCAAAUGUGAAAAUAUUACAAGGAAAAUUCUGUUUUUUAUCUGUUUUGCGUCAAUUUUUGCACAUUUUUCUGCUCAGGAAAAGAAGGGUUAGAGAAAUUCUGAUUUUUUUUUUUCUUCCUGAGAAUUGAACCCAGAGCAUUUGAGACCAGAGCUGUACUAUUGAGUUAUACCCCCAACCGUGGAGUUACAAUUCCACUGAAGUGUGUGCUCUCUGUAUGUGACCAGUGACAGUUUAUGAGAAUUUCAGUUCUGAAGUGCCUGCUUUGUUGGUUUGGGUUUAACUAAUAUAGUUUAUUUUUUAAAAUUAACAUAAUUCUGCUACAUAAAUUCCAACACGUAUUCAAGAAUCCUUCACAAUUGAGAAUGAAUAGGAAACAAUGCUCAAUUGUUGAAAAAAAGAGUCAUGGACUAGGGAUGUGGCCCAGUGGGAGAACUCUUGUGCAGCAUAUGUGAAACCUUGGGUUUGAUCCCCAGCCCAAUCCAAAAGAAAUACUUUUAUAAAGGCCAUUCUCUCACCUAUAUUUUAAUUUUUAAUAAUUUGCACAGUUGACAAUUUAGAAUGCUGUUGUAGUGGUUUCUUCUUAUUGGUACUUAUAAUUUAGUUGCAUAUAUUUAUCUGGAUUUGUUAAAACAUGUAUUAUUGAUUCUUGCAAGUAAACUUUUAUAAAACUUUUUAAUAUUUAGAUGAUGAAAACAUUUCUAUACUCAUUGCUUCAAAUCAAAGAACUGUUUUUUUCCUUCUGGUAGAAGGAAGUACCGUGAUUUUACCCCCCCCUGAAUUAUGUUAAUUUUAUCAUACUGUGUUCUGAUUUAAACAUGCCUUACCCAAGGUUGCAUUUAAUAUUCAUAAUUUUUAACCCUAAGAUGCUUUGUAUUCUCAUUUCUCUUAGUUCUCAGCUUUAAAAAGUACCUGUUAACCAUUGUUCCCUGGCCCUGGACUAGAUUAUGCUGUUCUCAUUAUGGCUAGCAUAGUGGAGUGUCUGUGGAUUUGCUAUUUUGAAGACGAGAGUGUUGCCAUUAUAUUUUACACUUGUUCAAAGUGACAACUCUGAAGACAUUUUUACAUUGACAAAAGAACACAUGGCUAUUUUGAUACAUUCUAGAACUUGUGUUUGCUACUUUAGAACUAGCUUUUGUGGCAGAAUUGUAAAGUAAUUUUCAUAUCUUGUAUUUCUGAAUCACAACAAAAAAAUAAAUGGGGAACAAGCUUUA